AUGGCUGGUCAAUGUGAGUGCUAUUCACACAUUGCCAGUGUGUUGUUUUAUAUCGGAACCUUCGACAGAUUACGAGGGAAACUGGCGUGUACUGAUUUAAAAUGUGCGUGGAGUAUGUCAUCCUAUGUAAAAGACGUGCCGUAUGCAGAAGUGGAAGAUAUUGAUUUCAGAUCUGCUAAAAAACUGAAACAAAAACUCGAUGUUUCAAUCGACAAAUUGGAUGCUACAAGUGAUAAAACUCCAGCCAGUGACACUAAACGUGACAUUAAACGUAACUUAGACUUUCAGGCGGAAUCUCCGCAAACAAAAUGA